GCAGAGGGAAACAGUGGUACCUGGGGAGGAUGGUUUCGCUAAGUGUCAGGACUGGCAGUGAUGUGUUCUGCUUGAAAUCUGCGGACAAACCAUGCUCAUUUAUACUCGUGUAUGUCAGUACCGCCAAAGUCGCUAGGGAAGCGAGCAACAGCUGUUGCUUGCCGAAGGCAUCCACAAUUGCACAAGCGACAUCUUGAGUGGUGAACACAUGCACAGCUAGUUCUUUUGCUGGUUAUUGUCCCAAACAUCCGACCCAAGGCAUGGUGUGGUGUCACUUGGUACAUGAUCGCCCAGACCUAAAUUCCAGAAGGCGGGUCGAAGUCGUGGCGCAUUGGCUACAAGACCUUCACGCAGUCUGCGUGCGUGAGCUAGUAAAUUCUCUAUUGCUUGUGUUUUCAGCUACACUGGUGUCUGGUCGAGCACAUUCUCCGCGAACCAAACUGGCCAAGAUACUGGCUGCUGAAAUGGAUUAAUAGACGAAAUGUCACUGGGAUGGUAUGAUUUUCGCUCAGCUCAAAACACAAGCAAUUGUACAAGCGCCUGAAAAAAAGCAUGUAUUUUGAUGGCUGGUUUACAUCUAACUACUUUAUUGGCCACUCUAGGUCGUCGCUUCUGACUCAAACAAAGCAAAACUGCU